GGACCGUGCCGCACCAUGUUGCUGCCGCUGCUGGUGACGCUGCUACUCGGCCAGGCCUGGGCCGACCCGUCGCCCGCCACGAUCACGGGCAACACCUCGUUGGACCAGGUGCUUGCGGAUCUGGCCACCUUCUACGAGUCCACCGUGAGAGCGGCCACGGCCGCGGCCCACCAGAGCACGACCCAAGACCUGGACCACAUCAAGCAGACCCUGGCAGCUCUCGUCACCCGGCUGAACUCCCUGCAAGAGGUCCAGGGCUCUGUCUCCUCGAGGCUGGACUCUGUGCAAGAGACCCAGAGCUCUGUCUCCUCACGGCUGGACUCGGUGCAAGAGGCCCAGGUCUCAUUCUCCUCGAGAUUUGACUCCCUGCAAGAGGUCCAGAGCUCUGUCUCCUCAAGGCUGGACUCGAUGCAAGAGAUCCAGAGCUCUGUCUCCUCAAGACUGGACUCCCUGCAAGAGGCCCAGAGCUCUAUCUCCUCAAGGCUGGACUCCCUGCAAGAGGUCCAGAGCCCUGUCUCCUCAAGACUGGACUCCCUGCAAGAGGUCCAGAGCUCUGUCUCCUCAAGACUGGACACGGUGCAAGAGGCCCAGGUCUCAUUCUCCUCAAAGCUGAAUUCCAUGCAGAGCUCGGUGUCAACUCGGCUCGACGCUGUGCAGGAAUCCGUCGCAGCGGUAUCUUGCAGACCGGAGGCGUUAUUGGACGGUUUGGUAAACAUUCAAACUGCUGUCAACCGUCUGCCAUGGAGGGUACUGGGUGACGCGUGCGAGAACAACGCGGACUGCCUCAGGGCAAUACCCGGCUCAGAGUGUGGCAGCGACGGUACCUGCACGUGCACCGCCGGCUUUAGGCGGAUCUCCAGACACAAGUGCCGAGGUCGUCUGCUGUCGGAGCCGUGCACGACCAACAGCGAGUGCCAGGCUGCGACGGCACAUUCGGUGUGCACGGACGGUGUCUGCGCCUGUGCGACAGGAUACUGGAACCGAACUAACAACGAAUGCCGGCCAGGUGUAAGCGCAGGCCAGGCAUGCACCUUCGACCAGGACUGCUCCACGUACCGCUCCAACUUCACGUGCAACUCGGGCGAGUGCUCGGAAAGCGUCUGUCCGGGCGUCGUGUAUGGAGGUUAUGAGUACCGGCUGGCUGGAGGUGAUUCCUGUGAGCAAGGCCGAGUCGAACUCAGACCCCUCGGCGGCACUUGGGGCUAUGUCUGUGACGACGAGUGGGAGGAUGUGGACGCUUCAGUUGUCUGCCGCACAUUAGGAUUUAGCGGUGCAAGAGCACACUGCUGCUCCGCGUAUGGUGCCGGAGGAGCCGAAAACUUCUACAUGGAUGAAGUCAGGUGCCGUGGCCCCGAGAGACACGUGAUGGAUUGUACCCACGACCCCGUGGAUGACUGCCACCGAGGAGAGGUGGCGGCGGUCACCUGCAGUGGUCCCUAGCAGAACGCCUGAGCCUGAGGCUAGAGACUGAGGACUAUAAAGACCAGCCUGGGCCCCGCUCUUAAUGGGGAAACGCUGCCAGAUGCUCCGCCUUUUCAGGUAGCAACCUAUGACGUUGCACAGCUACUCAUCCGCGCCAUGGAGAACGCUUCAAGUAACUCCUAAAUAUGGCGGCUAGUAAAAUCAGCUGUUUUCCAAUAAACACACUUGACGCGCAGCAGAGAUGAUAUUGACGAGUCAGGACAGUUAAAUACAAAUACUUCACGUGUAUCUCUCGCAGCAGCUGCCCAUACCAUGACGACUUAACAUUAACGAGAAUAUUAUAGGCAGAGAAAGGCAAAUCA